CAUAGCAACUACUGGCAACGUGUAUGUGUGUACCAUUGAAUCUGUGCACAUCUUUAUCUACAGAUCAUAAGGCCGUUUACAUAAAAAAAGAUACUUCUGAUCGACAGAAAGAAAAAGUAUAGUAAAGAUCUGAAGAGAUAAAGUUAAGAAACGAAACGACAAUGUCACUUAAGGCGCCUGAUUUUUCAAAAAGCAAGACUGGAAGGCCAAAGCGGCGGGAACUUGGUGAAGAACAAAAGCAAGAGAUUCGUGAGGCUUUCGAUUUAUUUGACACGGACAAGGACAAGGCGAUAGAUUAUCACGAGUUGAAGGUAGCAAUGAGAGCUUUGGGUUUUGAGGUGAAGAAAGCCGAUGUCUUGAAAGUAAUGAAGGAAUAUGAUAAGGAAGCCUCAGGAAAGAUAACUUUUGAUGAUUUCUAUGAAGUCAUGACAGAUUGGAUGUUGGCACGAGAUCCUCGGGAAGAAAUGUUUAAGGCAUUUCGUCUGUUUGAUGAUGAUGACAGUGGCAAGAUCAGUUUGAGAAAUCUUAGACGGGUUGCUCGUGAACUUGGAGAGACCAUGACAGAUGAGGAGUUACGGUCAAUGAUUGAUGAAUUUGAUAAGGAUGGUGAUGGAGAGAUAAACGAAGAAGAAUUCAUUGCUAUAAUGACUGGGGAUACAUGAUCAAGUGCUCCUAUUUUCAAAGAUGAAACAUAAUCAUACUUAACAUAAAAAAUGUUUAUAUUCUAAACCUUGGACACAAAAACAACUGAAACAUAGCUUUGUAACUUUUCUAGCUUUGCAUAGCUCCGUAGCUUGGGUGUUGUUAUGAACACCCAAAUUGUAGUACAUAAAUUGUACAUUGUAUGUAGAUAUCACCUACUUUCAUAAUGAAACAUUUAUCCAAUCCAA